AUGGAAGUAAUUCUUGGUGCAUUUGUUACUGUGUUGUUUGAAAAGCUGGCAUCUGCUGACUUGAUCAGGCUAGCUCGAUCAGCAGGUAUCUAUUCUGAACUCAACAAAUGGAACGGUAAAUUGUUGCAGAUCCAAGCUGUCCUUGUUGAUGCAGGCCACAAGCACUUAAGACAGACAUCUGUUCAGUUGUGGCUUAACAAGCUCCAACAUUUGGCCUAUGAAAUUGAUGAUGUACUCGAUGACUUGAGCACUGAAGCUGCACGACGCCAGAUGAAUGAAGCCAGUACCUGCACUACUAAGGUAUUGAACAUCAUUCCAACCAAAGUUCAUGCUUUUAAAUAUGGCCGUAAGAUGGCUUUUAAGCUGGAUGAGAUUACAUCCAAAAUGCAUGCUCUUGUUGAGGAGAAAAAUAUGUUGGGUUUGAUUGAUAAUGUUCAGAGAUCAGAUAGAAAACGAACUGAAGAAACUUCACUGGUUGAUAUACCCAGUGUAGUGGGUCGGGAAGGGGAUAAAGAGCUAUUGCUGGGGAGUCUGUUUGGAAACGAAUCAUGUAGUCGAAACUUCAAUGUCGUGUCCAUAGUUGGGCUGGGUGGGAUUGGCAAAACUACUCUUGCUCAAGUUUUGUACAAUGAAAAGAAAGUGAAAGAUCACUUUGAACUUAAGUCAUGGGUUUGUGUUUCUGAUGAGUUCAAUGUGUUUAGUAUUAGUAUGGCUAUUUUUAUAGAUGUUGGUGGGGUAGUCACGACUUUUAAAUCUCUAAAUCAGCUUCAAGUGGCGCUUUCAGAAAAACUCUCCAAUAAAAGGUUCCUGCUCGUUCUAGACGAUGUCUGGAAUGAAGACAAAACUCAGUGGGAACUCCUCCAACGCCCUUUUUGUGUUGGGGCACCUGGAAGUAAAAUUAUUGUCACAACACGGAAGAAUAAGGUUGCAACAGUUGUAGACUCCACUCAAGCUUACCCUUUAGAGAUUUUGUCAAGUGAGAAAGCUUUAUGUUUGCUUGCUCAAAAUGCCUUCGGUGAACUGAACUUUGAUUUACAUCCAACAUUUAAAUUGCAUGGUGAAGGUAUCGUGAAUAAAUGUGGAAGACUGCCUUUGGCUUUAAUAACAAUUGGAAGGGUGUUGAGAUCAAAAACAAACUAUGAAGAAUGGGAGGACUUGUUGAAUUGUGAGAUUUGGAAUAUACUCAAUGAAGGUAAUAUUCUUCCGGCCCUAAGGCUAAGCUACUAUGAUCUCCCUCCACAUCUGAAGCAAAUGUUUGCUUAUUGCUGCUUAUUCCCCAAAGAUUACAUGUUUGACACGGAUGAACUUGUCCUGCUUUGGAUGGCAGAAGGGUUCUUGCACAAGUCAAAUGGUGACAUUUCAAUGGAGAAGUAUGGCCAUCAGUGCUUUAGAGAGCUAGAGUCAAGGUCGUUUUUCCAGCAUUCAACUAGUGAUAAAUCACGAUACACAAUGCAUGACCUCAUUAGUGACUUGGCAAUGAAUGUUGCUGGAGAGUUUUUUUAUAUUUUAGGUGAUAAGAUGGACGUUGACGACGGAAUGGAAGUUUUGGAGAAGUUCCACCACUUUUCUUUUGUUCGUCAACGAUAUGGACUAUACAAAACGUUCAAGGCAUUACAGAGGGCUCAACGCUUGAGAACAUUCUUAGCAAUGUCGGUUGAGACUGCUGGUUGGCAGGCUUUCUUCAUAUCCAACAAGGUUCUCAUUGAAAUACUUCCGAGGCUAUCAUUCUUAAGGGUGCUAAGCCUAGCUAAGUAUGAAAUCAGUGAGGUACCACAGUCUAUUGGCGGUCUCAGACAUUUGCGGUACCUCAAUUUUUCUGAUACUGCCAUCACAUGUUUACCUGAACAAGUCGGUGAUGACCUGUACAAUCUACAGAGCUUGUUGCUUUCUGGUUGUACAAAGUUAUUAAGGCUACCAAACAGUCUCGUAAAGCUUAUAAACCUUCGGCACCUCAAUUCUUCUAGAACUGGCAUCACAUAUUUACCGGAACAAGUCGGUAACUUGUACAAUCUACAGAGCUUGUUACUUUCUGGUUGUCAACGGUUGUCUAGCUUGCCAGACAGUCUCAUAAAGCUUAUAAACCUGCAACAUCUUGAGAUCACAGAUACUCCAAGGUUGAAAGAGUUGCCCAUGGGGAUUGUUGGAUUGACCGGUCUACGAACUCUAUCCAAAGUUAUUAUUGGAGAUGCUAAUGGGUUCAAAAUAUCCCAUCUUAAGGACCUACAUCAUCUUCAAUGCCGGCUUACCAUUGAAGGACUGCAUAAAGUGACAAAUUCAACUGAUGCAAAGGCUGCCAACUUACAGCAAAAGAAGGGUAUUUGUGAUUUGGAGAUGGACUGGAGUGACGUCUUUGAUGAUUCCCGGAAUGAGUUGAUUGAGUCGGAAGUGCUUGAAGAACUAAAACCUUUUAAGAAGUCGACCAACAUCAAGAUAUCGAACUACAUGGGAACAAAAUUUCCUAGUUGGCUUGGGGAUCCUACAUAUGAUUGCUUAACCCAGAUUACGUUACGUGGCUGUAGAAAUUGUAUUUGCUUACCAACACUUGGACAUCUACCAUCACUUCAAAAGCUGUUUGUUGAAAGCAUGAAUGGUUUCAAGAAGGCGGGUUCAGAAUUUCUUGGAGCUGUAAAUGGUAAUGCAUUUCCAUCACUUGAAAUUUUGGAAUUUAAGGAUAUGGAGAUUUGGGAGGAAUGGUCAACUAUAAAUGUUGGUGGCAAAGAUAGAACUGCCACAUCAUUUCCUUGUCUUAGUGAGAUUUCUAUUAUAAAUUGUCCAAAACUGGGUGUAUUGGAAAUUGAGCCAAUACAUUUACUUCGGGUUUUAUAUGUAGAAAGAUGUUCAGCAGUGGUGUUAAGAAGCAUGAUCGGUGUGUCCUCAACAAUUACUAGAUUGACAGUGAAAGAAGUUAAUGGACUUACUACCCAUCUAGAUGGAGAAGUAUUAGAGCAUCUGAGGGCAAUUGAAUAUCUAAAGAUUUCAGGGUGCGACGAACUCACAUACUUGUGGGAAUCAGAAGUUGAAGCAUGCAAAAUUCUUGUGAAUUUACAGGAGUUAGAAGUAGAAGGGUGUAAGAACUUGGUAAGAUUGGGAGAGGAAAAGGUGAAUAUGGUUAUUCACAUGGAAUCUCUUAGAAAUGCAUGUCUAAGUAAUUGUAACAGAUUGGAGAGUUACCAUUGUGGUUCGCAUAGUAUUGAGAGGCUGGAGAUAUUAGGUUGUGGUUCUAUAAAAUCGUUGACCUUUCCAGUAGUGGAUGAUCAUGACGUGCCAUUCACUAUUAACAGUCUUGGAAUUUGGAAAUGUAAGGAUGUAGAGGGGAAUUGGCUUCUCAGUAAGUUCUUGUCAUCACUUACAUCUCUUACCAUUUCGCGAUUGUCAAAUCUAAGGUUGUUACCUGAAGGGUACUUACUUCAUCUCAAGCACUUGAGAAUUAUGAAAUGUGAAAACAUAGAAUCCAUUCCAGAGAAAGGUUAUGGUUUUCUUCCCCAUCUUUGCCUGAGAUCUCUUUGGAUCAUUGGGUGCAAGAACAUAAACGCAUUUCCACAUGAGCAAUUGCAACGGCUCACAUCUUUGGAAGACAUGUAUAUAGAGGAUUGUCCAAGCAUGGACAACUCCUUUCCUUGUGGUUUAUGGCCUCCUAAUUUAAAAAUGUUAACAAUAGGGGGAUUAAAGAGUCGGAUGUCAGAGUGGGGCCGGAUGCAGAAUUUCCCAAACUCACUUGUUCAAUUAUGGUUACAUGGUGAAAAUUCAGGAGUGGUUUCAUUUGCAAAUGCAGAAGAUAAAAGCACCUGCAAUACUACUUCCUCAUCCUCAUGUUCUUUCUUACUUCCAUCAUCUCUAACUUCUCUAUUCAUGAGAAAUUUUAAGGAAUUGGAAACAGUUUCAAAAGGAAUGCAACACCUCACCUCCCUUGGUCAUCUUUUUAUCGAUAACUGCCGGAAGCUAAGAGAUCUGCCAGAGACACUACUCCCUUCUCUUUCAUGUUUGGAAGUGUAUUCUCUUUCUAGUGAACUGAGAAAAAAGUGUAGUGGUGAUGCAAGAAGAAGAAAAGGGAAGUACUGGCCUAUCAUCUCCCAAAUUCCUGAUCAUUAUAUCGGCUUAUAUCAAAAUCAAAAGUGA